AUGAUUGGAGGAAGUCCUUCGAAGAGAAGUUAAUUUAUGGGUGGGAAUGGAGUAAGUCCCAAUAAGGCAAUGAGGUCACCAGUUGGAGCAGGCAAUAGGGCUCCUCCAAAUUGGAAUGAAAUAAUAAAAAAGGAAUAAGAGAAAUUGAUUAAGCAAAAAUAAUACUUGCUAAGGCAGCACUAAGGUGAUCCUUAGAGUCCAUCUAAAAAUAUUUAAAUACAUGAAGAAGAUGACUAGAAUGACUAAAAUGAUUACAAGCACCCGUAUGAUAUUUUCAAUCGUCAGUAUCUUAUUAAGACCUCAAUGAUCCCUCAGCAGUCUCUAAAAGAUUUCACUCACAAAGAGAAAAAUUUGAUAACUGAUUUACCAGAUUCGCAAAAUCAAAUUCUUUACAAUGGCAUAGAGUGUUCACUUAAGAAGAUAUUUGGUUAAUACUAGCACCCAAUAAAUAAAUCAAUACACUUCAUCUCUAAUCAGACUAUUUUAUUUUUUACUGGAUAUUAUCUUGCUAUGCACAAUGUAGUUAGGGAUGAGACAAAAUAUAUCGGUAUUGAUUCUAAUCUUAGUUAAAUCACUGCUUUUGAAGUUCAUCCGAUAGAUCUAAGUAGUAAAGCAGAGAAGCUAUCACUAUCACCCACAAGACAAUAAUUGGCUUAGCAAUUGAGCUAUUAAGAGAGCACCAUUACUACGAAUGCAAGUCCCCAAUAGAGAAGCUCAUUAGCAAUGCAUAGUAAUGACACCAAGGAAGCUAGAAAUACCCCUGCUACUUAACAGUAGUAGAAUCCAAAUAACAUUUAAUAAAAUCAAGCAAAUUAGCAUUAAAAAGAUAUGAUGACUAUCAUAGCAUUUGCAGAGAAGGCAAAGGAGACUCAUCUAAAGGAGUAAAAAUUUCAGUCGAAGAAAGUUUAUGGAAUUUAAAAUUCAAAAGUAAGGAAACAACAAAAUACACUAGCUAAGUCUUAAUCUCCAGUAAAUAUGAGAAAUACUACAACUAUUAAUUUCUUCCCUAACUCUCCUGGAAAGUAAUCAAGUGUGUUCAAGGGUGAUUCGGAAUUUUUCUUUAAUCUUGAAGAAAUUCAAAAUGUUAAAUACCUAGUCAAAGUCUCUGUAUUUACCUUGGCGAACCCAAAUAAGAAGUACAUAUUGCAGCACUUUUUCGAUGAAUACUUUUAUGUCUAAUAGAUUUCAAUCCGAGACAGAGAAUCAUUAUGCUAUACUUUAUGUACUAACUCGAAUGGAGAGCAAUUAUUCUUUAUUUGGAAUUUUAGAAAAGAAAUUAUCAUAGGUUUCGUUGAGAUGAAGAAUAGAAUCAAUAAGUUUAUAGUAACACCCAACAAGGCUGAGCAUAUCUUAUUCUUGGGAGAGCACUAUUUGAAAUACUAUGAGGCGAACUUCACGAAUAAGAUCAUCAAAGAAAACAGUUUAAAUAUUGUUCCUAUGAAGAUUGAAAAAGAGUCUAACUUCGUGGACAUUGAGUACACUACUAUUAAGAAUAACCAAGGUCAAAAUUCAGAGAUAUUUGUUCUGAUUACAGAUAAUACCAAUUCAAUAUUUGUAUUUGAAAAGAACGUGCUGAAGCAUAAACUAAUAGAUCAAUUCAAGCCCUAAUAAAAGCAUGAUAUAAUAAGAUCAGAUGAUAAUGAAAUGAAUAAGACUCAUGAAUCUAUAAUGUCAGAUUCUUUGGAAAUUGGAGAGACCAGUGAUAGAGAGGAUAUAGCUAGAGGAGAAGAUCAUCUUAGAGUAAAAAGUUAUGGAACCAAUCUUAGGAAAAAUAUCUAAGGAAUGUAGUUGACCAAAAAGAAAAAAGAAAAUGAUGGUUUGAACAUGAACAAUCUUUAAAAAUCUCUGCAAAUAGGAGGGGCUACAUACAAGAUAAAAGGAGAAAAAAAGGAUAAGAAUGAGGCUAUGAAAGACUAGAAUAAAGAUGAGAAUAACUAUGUACCAGAUGAGGACUAGCAAGAUAUAAUAUUCUAAAAGAUUGUGGUAACUUAGAAAGGGUUUAUCAUUGGCACCACUUGUGGCUAUAUUAUUUGCUAUGAAUUCAAGAAUGAUUAUGAGCCGAAAUUCAUCAAUAAAAUUCACAUAAGCAAUAAAGCCAAAGCUAUAGCAAGUAUUUCAUUGAGUAAAGGAAAUGUCUAAAAUGAUGACUACAUGCUAGCAAUAACAGGAGUCUAUUAAAAGGAGGUAAAGCGGGCAUUCAAAAAGUCAGGGGAUAACGGAGAAAGUCAAAAUUUGAGAACUUUUUCAAGAAGAAGUACUAUAUUUGGAAAGAAAGACUCGCCAAUGAAAGGUGGAUUUAAUUUUUUCAUGCCAAAAUUUAUAAAAUCUCCUUAAAAAUAGAGAAAGCUUACUUAAGAUCGAAAUAACUUUGAUAGUAGGAAAAAGACCUUCAGUCAAACUCUUCAGAGUUCAGCUUCUAAAAUAAAGCAAGAAGACAACAACGUAUCAACUCUUUUUGGUCCAGGAGAAUUUGAAGAAAAAUAAGAAUUCUUUAUUGUAAAUAUGAAGGCAAUAUAGACACAGCAACAAAAUAAAAUAGUGGAAAAGGUAUUUUCAAAGGGAGCUCAUGAUGCUUCUAUUUUCUAAAUAGCUUAGUGCAAGAACAAAAGUUCGUUUUACACUAUAUCUGAGAGUAAUAAUCUUAAAGUUUGGAAUCACACCAAUGAAUGGAGAGGCUCAUCAAAUUUCACACUAGAUGAAUAACCAUUAUGUAUAGAUGUUCAUCCAUCAUCUUGGCAAAUAGCAUUGGGUUUCAAGUCUGGAAUUAAAAUCUAUCAAUCUCUGGGUAAAGAAUUGAAACUUUCAUUUGAAAAGUUAGGGAAAGCAGCCUUAUCAGUUGCAUAUUCAGAUGGAGGGCAGUUGCUAGUUUGUACGAAUGCAGUCUACAUUGAUGUUAUUGAUCCUAUCAGACUUUAGUUAGUCGUAACUUUGUUUGGACAUAAAGGACUAGUUAGAACUUUAAAUUGGACUCUAAAUAGUAAAUACUUGAUUUCAACUUGCUCAAACGGAAGCUUAUUCUUUUGGAGAGGAAAUUUCAAAGAGUAGUCUUAAAAGAUCAAAAGUUUGGCUUUUAAUCCAGAUGAUGUCUAUGGAAAUAAUAAUUAGAGCUAGACUAUUCAACCUAUUGGAAUUUUUAAUGAUAAAAGCUAUCUUUACACUUCACUUGCCUAUGAUGACGAGUUAGACACUGUUAUUGCACUUAGUUCAAUAUCAACUCUCAGAUUAUUGAUAAACUUUGGAUAGGAACCCAUACAUGAAGAGGAUCUAUUAUCAUUAACUAGCAUUCACUAAGAAGGAGGUUAUGGUAUAGGUUAAAGUAGCAAAGCAUCUUCAAUGGCUUUCAGCAAAUAGCUUAACAUCAUAGUUAUAGCUUUUUCAAGUGGAAAAUUAAGCAUUGUAUCUUGGCCUAUUAUCAAGAAUCUAAGAGUAUUUAAAUAUGAUAUCAUGCUUCAAUGCAAUCCAAUCACUGAUGUAAGAAUCUAACACUCAUCUCGAUAUAUAAUGGCCUCAACUGAUGACGGAAAUUUAUAUGUACUUGAGACUUAUAAAUCAAUUGAAGGCCUUGAAAGAUCUUGGGCUCAUGAGAACUAAGAAAAACUUACACUCUAAAAGAAAAGAGAGACCUACGGAUUGAGUGGAUUUUCAAUUACAGACAACAUUAUUAUGUGUAAUAAAGAAGUAUUAACCAAUGUUAACAAAAAAAUUGAUAAGUUGAAGAUGCUAAAGAAAUCUUAAGAGGUAAAUCAUGAGAUUAAGAAGCGCAAAACAGAGAAAAAAUAUGACAAAUAAAUGAAAAUGAUAGGUAAAGAGCUGUAAGAAGAACUUGAGAAACAGCAGAGAAUGAUGACUCAAGCUGAUUAAUAGUUUGUAUCAGAAAAGGAAAAAUUGAAAUCGAUUUUAGAAGAUUAAACAUAUGAGCAUUUAGACGAGAAGAAUACCUUGAUUGAAGGAAAAGAAAAGAAUCUAAAUUUUGUAAGCAAUGAAAACGAUGAACUUGAGACAAGGAUUCUAAGACUUAAGGAAACUAUUGUUGAUGAACUUGAAAAGAUUGAGGAUGAGCACUAGAAUGCAGUUAAUGAAUUAAUUGAAACAUACGAACAGAGUGUGAGAUAGGCUUAAGAAGAAGUGAGACAUACAAUUGAUAAGCUAAAAUAGAAUGGUCAGUACUAUGAGAAUAUGGUUAAGCUUUAGGAAAAAGACUACGAAUAAGAAGUCUCAAAGCUAUAAUCAGAUCUAAUAGAAGAACAUGCUGACUUUAUGAAGAAGAAGGAAAAACUAGAAAAUGACGAUAAUUAACUGAAGGAUGACUACUAAAAUCUUGAAUACCUUUACAAAGAAAGAAAUACAAUGAGGAAGGAUAAAUUAAGUCAAGUCUAGGAAAUGGCUGGGGAGUAUAAAUCCAUGUUCAGCAAUCUCGAAAGACUGGGCGAGAAAAAUAUUCAGUCAAAUGUAUUCAUUGAAGAGAAGGAACAAACAGCUUUCGACACUGUUAAUGAGAAAAAACAAUUGGAAAACAUAAUUGUGUUCCUAUCUGAGAAAAUCAAGGAGUUAAAAAAUGAAAGAAUGCCUUUGGAUGAAAGAAAAAAGCAGUUAGAGGCUAUGAUCCAGGAUACCUAUAGAGAACUCCAAGAUGACUUUUAGUUCAGAAAGUAUUUGGAACUCAAGCAUGAGAGUCUUGAGAAAAAGAUGGAGAUGAUUAAAAAGGAGAUUAUAUAGAAAGAGGAAUUAAAGGAGUCUAUCGAGUCUAAGAACUAUGUGUUCAAAAGAGAACUUUCAUACUUAGCAGAUGGCUAGAGUCUGAAAGGCUGGACUCAUAAGAUGCAAGGAAUGCUUAAGUGCAUGAGUGAUGUCUAUUUUGCUAAGAGUGCAGAAGAAGUGAAAAACAUAUCAACUGCAUUCAUUCAUAUAGCCGAAAUAAUGGAGUCUAAUGCUAGACCUUAUAGACCUAGCCAAGGAGAUGAUGAUAACUUUGCUAAAUAGUCAAAACUGAAUGAAAUGGAGUUAGCUUACUACAGAAAUAAAAACUCGUAGAAGAUGGAGGAGAUGCAAAUUAGAUUCUAAGCUUUGUUUAGCCAAAUGGAAAAAGCAGUCAAAAAGCUCAGAAAUGACAAUAUCAAGCUAAUUGAGGAAUUCAAUACUUUGAUUAAUGAGAAAAAGAAGUUAAACAAUUUGAGAAGAAUGAUAAAGGAAUCAUUACGGGAGUUCUUAGGAGAUAAAUACGAGGAAGACAAGCAUGGCUCCUCUGAAGAUGAUGGCUACCAGACCAGAGGCAAAAAGAAGAAGAGACUUAGGCAAAAAAGCCAUGAUAUUUCUGAUGACUUCAAAUAGGAUCAACAUAAGUAGAUGCAGCAUUAAAUAUCAGAAAACACAGCUAAGCAGAUACAGUCUCUAAGCAGAAGUAAAUCUUCCAACUCAUUUGCAAUCAAGCAUGCUUAGAUCCUAAAAUCUGGUUAAAAUUACACUGCAAGAGAUAAUGCCUAAGAUAGAGAGGGGAUUCAAUUUCCUGACUUAAGGUAGCGGGCAACUAACACGAUUAAUCUUGGAAUGGAUUUUGGGGGUUCAAGAACUGCUAGAGACGCUAUAGACGGUUAAACCUCUUAAUUUAUGAAAAAGAAUGUUUUAGCUGGUUUUAAUUUAGGCAAAACAUAGUAGUUAAUGCAUAAAAGAAGAGUAAUAAACAAUGCUCUCAACUCCAACUUGAAUCAGACAUAAUCGACAUAGGAAUUGGGUCACCAUCAUACUGGAUCAAAGUAUCUUGAGAGGAUAGUGGAUGAAUUUGAGAAGAACAAAAGGCAGAUUGAAGAAUAGACUAAAGCUUUACAAAAGAUUUAAAGCCUAGCGCAAGUUUUUUCCUAGAGUAAUAAUUCUCCUACUAUGGAUGGAUCCUAGAUAUUGGUUUAAAACUAGCAGGUUAGUAUGAUUUAAAACUAGAAUCAGCAUUCAAUGAUUAGUCAGAGAGGAGGAGCUGUUCCAGCAGUGCCUAGUUUGAAUCUGAAAAAGAUGAAAUUGAAAAAUGAGCCAAGUAAAUAGAGCAUCACCACUAGAAUACCUGUAACAACAGAGAGGACCUAAUCGAUAGUAUCAUUAUUCCAUCAAAGUAAUAAUAACCCCUUGAAUACGGCCCAAACAACACAUAGACAGCUUCCAUAGGUAAAAGAGCAUAAUACCCUUAACAGUAGAGAAAGCAAAGACACAAAAAAUUUAUGA